AUGAAUGCAGAUGGACGACUGACUUUGGUGGCCGUGGAUGGUGAGGAUAAGGUGAUGGCGUUCAUUGAUCUUGAAUCCGAUGGUCAUAUUGACAUGUUGUAUGCCUUACCGGCUGUAGCUGGUACUGGAAUCGCGGUGAGUCUCUAUGAGCAGAUGGAAGCACAUGCCCGGCAGCAGCAGUUGACGCUGCUUUUUACAGAGGCAAGCGAAGCCGCGCGCAGAUUCUUUCUGCGCCGUGGUUUUGUCGAGAAACAUCGGCGUGAUUUAGAAGUGGGCGGGGUGGCUAUCCAUAACUAUGCCAUGGAAAAAGCGUCCCUCGCGUCGACUGAAAUUGAAGACAAGGUCAUGGCUCAAGCCGAGGCGAGUGUCGCCCUGGCGGACAAAAUCUGGAACCUUGCUGAGCUGGGUUAUCAGGAGCAGAACAGCAGCCAGGCGCUGCAGGGCUACCUGAAGAAAGCGGGAUUCGCCCUAGAUGCUGGCGUUGCUGACAUACCCACCGCAUUUGUUGCCAGCUUUGGUAGCGGCGGGCCAACCAUUGGUAUUCUGGCGGAAUUUGAUGCCCUGCCUGGUCUUAGUCAGGCUGCGCAGCCGUCAAGAUCACCGCUUCAAGAAGGCGGGGCGGGUCAUGCCUGUGGACAUCACCUCUUUGGUGCCGCGUCAGCCAGCGCGGGUGUCGCCAUUGCGCAAUGGCUGGAAGCCGAUGGACAGCCCGGCACGAUAAAAGUGUUUGGUACGCCAGCCGAAGAAGGUGGGUCGGGUAAAGUUUAUCUGGCGCGAGCAGGCCUGUUUGAUGAUGUGGAUAUUAUGCUGCAUUGGCAUCCGGGUAGCGCCAACUCUGCCGCACCGUAUUCAACCACGUCGAAUAAAAGUGGCCGUUUUACUUUCAGCGGCCGCGCAGCGCACGCGGCUUCCGCGCCAGAUAAAGGUCGUUCAGCCCUGGACGGUGUUGAGGCCAUGAAUUACAUGGUCAAUAUGAUGCGAGAGCAUAUUCCGCAAACUUCCCGUAUCCACUACGUCAUCACCGAUGGUGGCGAUGCACCCAAUAUUGUUCCGGAAAGGGCGCAGGUUUAUUACUACGUUCGUCACCCUGACCCUGUCAAAGUGGUUGAGUUGUUCAAUCGGGUUGUGAAAGCAGCAGACGCUGCCGCAAUGGGCACUGAAACCGAGGUGGAUGUAGAGGUGAUGCACGGCAAUUAUCCGGUGCUGCCAAAUUACACGCUGGCGAAGCUGGUCGAUGACAAUCUCCGUCAGAUGGGUGGCAUCAGCUAUACCCCGGCGGAGCAGAAAUUUGCUGAAGAGAUUUACACUACAUUAAUGAAUCCCACGUUACCGCUGGGUUCUGAAAGUCAGAUACAGGCUUUUCAGUUGCGUCAGAGCAUGGGCUCCACCGACGUCGGUGAUGUGAGCUGGCUGGUGCCAACGGUUGGUUUCAAUACGGCAACCUGGGUGCCGGGUACACCCGCGCACAGCUGGCAGGCGGUAGCAGCCGGUGGUAUGAGCAUCGGGCACAAAGGUAUGUUGCUGGCGUCACGGCUGCUGGCUAAGACCGCUGUGGACCUCAUGCAGGAUCCGCAAACCAUAGCCGCCGCUCGUGCUGAGCGAACUGCAAUGAACGUGGGUAUUCUGCACCCGGGUGAUAUGGGUGUAACCGUAGGCUUGUGUCUGCAGCGCAACGGGCAUGGGGUUGCCUGGCUGAAUGUUGACCGUAGCGAGGCAACCCGCGCGCGCGCCGCCGAGUUCACGGCGUUUGAUAGUUUGACGACACUGUGUGAGUACGCUGAUGUGCUGAUAUCGGUGUGUCCGCCUGAUGCGGCGUAUGCCGUUGCUCAGAGCGUGCAUCGGGAAAAUUUCACGGGUAUUUUUGUUGAUGCCAACGCCAUAGCACCGUCCACUGCGGAAAAGAUUGCUGACCUUUUUGCAGGCCGGUUUGUUGACGGUGGCAUCAUUGGCCCACCGGCUCGUCAGCCAGGAUCGACACGUUUAUAUCUCUGCGGUGAACUGGCGUCGUCUGUAGCUGCCAUGUUCGACGGAUCUGAUCUGCAGGCGAUUGUCAUGCAGGGAAAUAGCAGCGCGGCGUCUGCGCUAAAAAUGGCUUAUGCGGCUGGAGUAACGGAGACGUUGCAGCAGGAAUGGCAGCUGUCACAACCCGGCGAAAUGCGUGAGAUUGCGAAGACCUUUGAGGUAGUGCAGGUUCUUCUACAGAUAUCGGCUGAGACUGCCGCAGACAUCCACCAGUGGCUUGAACAGGACAGCAAUACCGCUGAUCUUGAGCGUCUCAAGCGUGAUCGAUCAAUUGGUCAGCAACAACCUGAUGCUGAUCCUGUGCGUAGAGUUCUGCUGUGGUGGCAGGCAAUUGAGCGACCUGCAAAUUCGGGUCUUGGUCAGCGUGUGAUGCAGGUUCGCCGCAAUCUGUCCUGGCUGCUGCUGGGUAUCGGGUUGUUGGUUGGCGUGGGGGUGAGCAGCCUGGCGCUGACCUUCGAAGGUGAGUACCCCAUCAAUCUGCUGGCGCUUCUGGGUGUGCUGCUGCUGCUUCCGUUGCUGCUUCUGUUACUCACGCUGAUGUUCUGUUUCCUGCAGGCUUUUGGCCUGAAUGCCAUAGCCUUGUUACCCCAUUGGAUGAGUCCCGGCCGCUGGACGCUGGAUCUGUUUGAACGUUAUAUCGGUCUGCAAUUCAGUGGCAACUAUGGACAAGGUGAUGCCCGCAGCAGGCUCGGCUUCUGGCAGGUUGUGGUCUUUUCGCAGUGGUUCGGGGUCGGCUUCUAUGUCGGUUCGGUGUUGGCGUUAGCAGUGCUUGUCUCUGUCAGCGACCUGGCAUUUGGCUGGAGCACAACUCUGGCGGUAGAGCCCACCUCUAUAUACAGCCUGUUUAACGCGGUGGCGUUUCCCUGGGCCAGCUUCUGGCCUGCUGCUGCGCCGGAUGCUGAGCUGGUUGAAGCCUCACGGAUAUUUCGAUUGGCUGCCCCCAGCGGCGUUGAACAGGUUGCCCGCCUUGGUAUCUGGUGGAAAUAUGUGUUUAUGAGCUUGUUGGUAUGGGGAUUAAUGCCUCGCUUAUUGCUUUUACUGCUUGGGAGCUGGCGGUUUCAUCGAGCAACCCGUACUUAUCUGCUGGAACAUUCGGAAGUGACUGCGUUAAUCGAUCGAUUGGUCUCACCGCUGAUUGAUUUAGGUGAACAUCAGGAGCAGGCAGAUCGCUCUGAGUUGUUUCCCGAAGUAGAUGUGCGGGAGUUCAAAAGGCCAGAGGGGAGUCCGGUUUCUCUGGAUUUUGAUGAUGCCUACAUUCUCGUCUGGAACGGUGCAGUGUCAGAAUCUGCGCUUCGCUCUGAAGGUGUUGGUUGGUUAUCCGCCUUAUCCACAAUCGAAGCUAUGGAUAACAUCCUUAAACAGGUGCCCGGGCCUUACGAGAAAGUGGUUGUGCUGACAAAAAGCUGGGAACCACCAUUAUUGGAGUUCCUCGACUUUCUGGCAGCUCUGCGCAAACAGGUGAACAAAACCUGCUCGAUAGCGGUGGUUCCCGUAGGUCUUGAAGCUGCCCCAGCCAGCGCAGAGGACAUCGCCGUGUGGGCUCGAACCGUAGCCGGUCUGAACGACGCCCGCACUUACGUCAUGAGUUACGUUGUCGGCCACCCCAAUAAAGGCAAGAGUUCAAUUGUUGCCACAUUGGCGGAAAAUGAAGAUAUCGCCAUCAGCUCCCGCCCGGGCACAACAAGUAAGUCGACACGAUUUGACUUCAGUGUUGAUGGUAAUGUGCUGUAUACGCUUGUCGACACGCCUGGUUUUCAGCGAGCAACCGGCGUGCUGCAAUGGCUUGAGGCGCAUGUGGAAGACGCCAGCAAUCGGGUGGAUGUGGUGCGGGCGUUUGUAAAUCAACACCAGGACGAUGAUAGAUUUCAGGACGAAUGUGAGCUUCUGCGACCGAUUCUGGACGGUGCGGGGAUCUUAUAUGUUGUUGAUGGCUCGAAACCUUACGGGCCCGAGUAUGAAAUUGAAAUGCAGAUUCUGCAGUGGACGGGCCAGCCCCGUAUGGCCUUGAUAAACCUGAUAGGGGCAGGUGACUAUCAGGAUCAGUGGCGUCGAGCGUUAGAUCAGUAUUUUUCUAUUGUGCGUGUGUUUAAUGCCAUGUUUGCGGACUUCGAUACGCGGACCAAUUUAUUACGUGCAUUUGCGGAGCUCAAUGAAGACUGGCGCGGUGACAUGGAAGCCGCUAUUGCUGCGCUGCAAUCCGAACGUAGCCGCCGUCUGCACCGCAGCGCGAUAGAAGUUGCAGAUGCGUUGAUAGAUUGCCUCAGUUAUACCGGCCAGCAGUUUGUCGAGGAGGGUGGCGCUACCGAUGGUGUCGCGCAGUCACUGCGUAACGCGCUGUUACAACGCAUCCGCGAACGCGAGCAACGGGCGCGCCAGCAGGUGCAAAGUAUUUACCGUCAUGAUCGCAUGCGCGCUGAUGAAACCGAUCUGGUGCUGUUGGAUAUAGAUCUGUUCAGUGAAGAAGGCUGGGCUUUGUUCGGCUUGUCGAGAACGCAAUUGCUGAUCACCGGUGCCAUGACCGGUGCCGUGGCUGGCUUUGGUAUAGAUGCGCUGCUUGGUGGCGCUUCCCUGCUGUUGGGUACCGCUGUGGGUGCUGCUGUGGGCAGCCUUGGCAGUUGGUUUGCUUCGGAUGAAAUUGCGAAAAUCAAAGUGCUCGGGCAGCAGUUGGGCGGCAAGCUUGUGCAGGUGGGUCCGAUAAAGGCGGCAAAUUUUCCCUGGGUAUUUUUGGGACGUGCAUGGCUGCAUCAUGAUCUGGUUCGUGAGCGUAAUCAUGCGCUGCGCAGUGUCAUGUCUGCGCAGAUGCAGGACCAGGAAAACGUUAGCCCAGGCGAUGGGCUCGAUUCGUAA